UGCAUUAAAUUUUGUAGACAUUAAAUUCAGAUGCAAUACGUUUCUGGUUGUCUUAAGUAAAACUUUGUGUUUCGGAAAGCAAGCCUAUCAGUACUAGUUAAACUAUCGAAUACAACAGACGUGAAAAACGUGACCUGACUGACACAUUGGUUUCUGUUGCAAUUGCUUUUUUUGUGUAGCCUCAUCAUAAGAGAAAUGGAGCCAACAAUUUUGAAUAAUCCUUUGAUGUUUACUGAACAUUUACUAAGAAAUGAUGUACAUAAAACUGAUGACUUGAGUAACGAAACAAAAUCUUUGAAGAGAGUUGUGCAGAAAAAUAAUGAAGUUAGAGAUAAAACAGUCACAGAACGUGAUUUUCCAGCUGAUUUGCCUGGACCUGAGUAUAAAAUGGAGCUGGUAUGGCGUAACAUUAUAAUAUUCAUUCUUCUGCACAUUGGAGCUGUCUAUGGUUACUACACACCAAAGCGUUCUUGGAACACCAUAAUAUUUACUUUGCUAUACGGAUUCUCUGGUGGCUUUGGGAUAACAGCUGGUUCGCAUAGAUUAUUCGCUCAUAAAGCUUACAAAGCAAACAAAGCAUUAAAAGUUCUGUUGCUUUAUUUUCAAACCAUUGCUUUUCAAAACAGUGUUUACGAAUGGGCACGAGAUCAUCGUGUUCAUCACAAGUUCACUGACACGAACGCCGAUCCACACAACUCAAGACGAGGUUUCUUCUUUUCACAUAUCGGAUGGCUAUUGUGUAAGAAACAUCCUGAUGUAAAGAAAUUCGGAGCAAAGGUCGAUAUGAGCGAUUUGGAAGCUGAUCCUCUUAUUAUGUUUCAACAUAAACACUUUUUACGAUUAAUGGUAGUGAUCAGCAUAAUCAUUCCAACUUUAAUUCCCUGGCUCUGUUUUGGUGAAACUUUUCGUGCAUCUUUCUUUUUGGGUUCAGUAUAUCGUUAUAUUGUAUCACUUCAUAUAACAUGGCUCAUCAAUUCAGCAGCACAUAUGUAUGGAAUGAAGCCGUUCGAUAAAAACAUCAGUCCAGCUGAUAGCCGUUUGGUUGGGUUCCUUGCUUUUGGUGAAGGAUUCCAUAAUUUUCAUCACGUGUUUCCUUGGGAUUAUAAAACUUCGGAACUUGGCACAUACUAUUUUAAUUUUACUACCGGCUUUCUCGACUUUUUUGCCCGUAUUGGAUGGGCAACUGAACUGAAAACCGUUUCAGAUGAGUUAAUUCGUAAAAGAAUUCUAAGAACUGGAGACGGAAGUCAUAAAUACUCUAAAAUUAAAUCAAAUCAGGAAAGAAUGAUGGCUUAUAUUAAAGAUCGUACGACUGAUGAAAACGGGAAUCAUGUACACCAUGAAGAAGAUGCAAUAUGGGGAUGGGAUGACCAAGCUUUACCCGAAGAAGAUAAAAAAUAUAUAUCUCUUAGAAAAACCAUUGCUAUGUCGCCCAAUAAUUUUGUGGUAACAGAAACAGAAACAGAAACGGCAACUGAAAAGGUUGAUAGUGAUUUAAAAAAUCUUUCAAUUGUCUUCAAUAGAAAAUCCAAAAACGUAUUAAAUAAGAAGGAAAUGCCUAAGGAUAUAAAUGGAAACAUUUUAGGAGGAACAGAAAACAAAGUGUCGUCAGAAUAUAAAAUAGAACCAGCUUGGUUUAACAUUUUUGGAUUCAUAUACCUUCAUUUUACUCUUUGUACAGCACCUUUUCAUAUGGGAUUGAAUAAAACCUUUCUUUUUGCAUUAAUAAUUGGACUUGGAAGUGGAUUUGGAAUUACUGCUGGGGCACAUCGAUUAUGGGCACAUGGGGCUUAUAAAGCCAACAAAAAGUUGAAAGUAUUUCUGUUGAUAUUGCAGACACUUGCAUUCCAAAACAGUGUUAUCGAAUGGGUUCGUGAUCAUCGAGUUCAUCAUAAAUUUACUGACACAAAUGCUGAUCCACAUAAUGCAAGUCGGGGAUUCUUCUUUUCACAUAUGGGCUGGUUAAUGUGCAAAAAACAUCCGGACGUUAAAAAAUUUGGAGCGAAAGUAAACAUGACGGAUUUAACUUCAGAUCCAAUGCUCAGAUUUCAGCAUAAAUAUUUUCUUAUUCUGAUGCCAUUGAUAUGUUUUGUGUUACCAGCAACUAUACCGUGGUAUUUCUGGGGUGAGAAUUUCUACUCAGCAUACGUCGUUGCCGGUGUAUUACGUUACGUUGUUGUUUUGCACAUAACAUGGCUUAUUAAUUCGGCAGCGCAUAUGUUUGGUGACAAGCCUUAUGAUCGUUACAUUCGACCCGUUGAUACUUAUUGGGUGUCGUUUGUAGCAUUUGGAGAAGGUUUCCACAAUUAUCAUCAUGUAUUCCCAUGGGAUUACAAAACAUCUGAAUUUGGCCUGUAUUGGUGUAAUUUCACAAAUGGGUUUUUAGAUUUUUUCGCAUUGUUGGGUUGGGCUACUGAUUUGAAAACUGUGUCACAAGAAAUGAUUUAUAAGAGAGCUCUUAGAACUGGAGAUGGUUCUCAUCAUGAAGCAAAUGAACAUGCAGUACUGCUGGAAAGCAAUGUAAAUUCAAAAGAAUGUGAUCGAGACGUUGAACAUUUUUGGGGUUGGAAUGAUGAGCUUUUAACGGAGGAAGAUAAGAACGUUCGAUGCUGUCAUCUUCAGAACGAUUCGAUCUACACUGAAGCAAUUGUUCAGUGUUCGUCAAUUGUUAAGUGCGAACUAGAAAAAGUCUUAAAAAAACAUAAAAUUUGCACAUAUUACACCAGCAAAGGAAAUUUAAAAGAUUUGCUUGGAGGUUCAAAAGAUAAAAUUCCAAUGAAAGAGAAAUCAGGAAUAUAUGAAAUUUUAUGCGGAGACUGUCAGAGCAAAUACAUAGGAAAAACAUAUAGAAGGUUCAGUGAUAGAUUUGAUGAGCACGAUAGAGCAAUGAGACAAGGAGAAGGAUUUAAAUCUGCAAUGGCACAACACUGCAUUGACGAGAGACACAAAUUUGGAGGCGCAAAACUCAUCAAAGAAGUGAGAAAGCAAAAAAUUUGUCGUCAAGGAAUGGCACCAAAUCAAGUCGGAAUGGUUGAAAAAACAACAAAUAACGAGAGUGAAAACGGAAAUCUUCUGAAUAGGUCAAACAAAAUCAUAAAAGACCGACCAAAUGCUCUUCCCUAUGAUACAAAGCCUGGUGAAAAGCCAUACAAAUUAGAAAUCGUUUGGCGCAACGUCAUCGCUUUUAUCUAUUUACAUGGCGCAGCCGCUUACGCAGUAUAUGCGUUGCCUCUGAGAGCGUCAACAUGGUGGACCGCAUUUUUCUUUGCAAUCAUCGGAUCUUUCGGAAUAUCUUCUGGUGCACACCGUCUAUGGGCACACAAAUGUUACAAAGCAAAUCUGCCGAUGAAAAUUAUGCUUUUAUACUUUCAAACAAUUGCUUUCCAAAAUUGUGUCAUCGAAUGGGUUCGUGAUCAUCGAGUUCAUCAUAAAUAUAGUGACACAAAUGCUGAUCCACAUAAUGCAAGUCGGGGAUUCUUCUUUUCACAUAUGGGCUGGUUAAUGUGCAAAAAACAUCCGGACGUUAAGAAAUAUGGCGCAAAAGUUGAUAUGACAGAUUUAGAAUCUGAUCCAAUGCUCAGAUUCCAACAAAAGUAUUAUUUAAUCUUAAUGCCUAUCUGCAGCUUUGUUAUUCCGAUGAUGGUGAUGCAUUACUGUUUUGGAGAAGAGUGGAGACUAACAUAUUAUUGGAACUUAUUCCGUUAUGUAGUAACGCUUCACAUUACUUGGUCAAUUAAUUCAGUUUCUCAUAUAUGGGGAAGCAAACCAUUUGAGAAAGAUAUUGCACCUACCGACACAUACAUUAUUGGAUUUUUAGCGUUUGGAGAAGGUUGGCACAAUUAUCACCAUGUUUAUCCAUGGGAUUACAAAGUAUCAGAACUUCCUCGGUAUUGGUGCAACUUCUCCAUUGGAUUUCUUGAUUUCUUCGCAUGGCUUGGAUGGGCAACAGAUUUGAAGACAGUUUCUGAUGAAAUGAUACGUAAACGCGUUUUAAGAACUGGCGAUGGUAGUCACAGAUAUGCGAUAGAGGCCAAGACAGCCAAAGAAUUGGUUGAAACUUACAACAAUAAUAACAAUAACAAUGAUCCGCAUGAACAUGUGGAUACAUUAUGGGGUUGGGGUGAUGACGACAUGGAUUCAGACGAAAAGAAAGACGUCAAGAUAUUGCAUCCAAAAUACGGCUUAUAAAACCUAAUUAAGUAUACAUAAAUUAUAUAUUCAACUUAAGUUAUAAUUUGAGGAAAUUCAAUCAUUUAGAAACUUUUCACAAACUUCCGUGUUUCUUUUUAUUUAAAGUCACAAAGAUGUCUCCUAUUGUAAAAGCUUGUACAGUGAACUCUCUAUUGUUAGUUUACUUAAGUGAUUAAUUUUAAUGAGUUCAAUAUAAAUUGAAUUAAUAAUAGUUAAGUUCAUGUGCACUGGAUGGAAGACUUUCAUUCAAAAUUGAUGUUUUCUGAUCGCGUCAGUAAUUUCUUUAGUGAGAAAAAUUCUCUACUGUAUUGAGGAUGAAAUAAAAACUAACAUUCAAAAAUCUAAAACGAGUUUUAUAAAACCUUCUAAUUUAUAUACGAAAGCAAAAUAUUGAUAGUCUAGUGAUGUCUCUGAUGGCUCAACAUUUUAUUUGAUUUUUGAAAAUGUGAAACGAUAGCAACGACAUUUUAUACUUACUAAUGAGAUCUUCUUCUUGUCCAUGUCUCUGAUUUUACUUAUCUCAUUUACUUACUCUAUGUCUCAGGAAGUUAUCUAAGUAAAAAGAUGAAUGAAUGAUUAACAAGAUAUUUUUCUUUUAUUCUUCAAAACUAAAUGUCAACCUA